UGCGACGUAACAGGCAAUUCCAGCCGAUUCUAUCAACCGCUGAACAGUUUAUGUUUAUACCGUCAGAACAGAAACUUAGGUUCGGGCAAAAUUCGAGCACUAACAUAGUUAUUCUUGCGGUACAAAUGCAUAAUAUUUCACAACCUUUCGCAGAAUGGGACAUUCAGGUGAAACUAAUGAAAUCAAGGAGUGCAUAGGUAGUCAAGUGAAUAAAGAAUCAGCAAACGAUAUGGAAACUAUCCCUCCUGACAAGUCAGGCAAAUGGUCCAUCAAAUUGCGUAUGUUUUACAACAAGCAUUUUCCCACUGACAAGGACUCUUAUGCCGUACGUUUUUCAGUUGUAGGCUUGGCCUUAUCCCUCUGUUCUCUACAAUUAUUCCUGAACCUACAGUGGAAGGAAAAAAGGGAAACGCAAGAAUUUUAUAUAUGGGCACUUAUAGUUCUCUUAUCAUCAGCCGCUUAUGGAUUGUAUUAUGGCAUGAAAAUUGGAGACCGCAAACAGUUCACACCAUGGAUAAUAUUCAAAAGUAUCGAAAUUGUAACGACCACCAUGUCUUUAGUGGUUGCAUUCAUUAAUUCACGUGGACAUGUUUUGAUUAACAUCGUGAUAUGUUUCGUAGUUCUAGCUGGAAAUAUCUUUAUGAUCUGGAUUAUCUGUCGUAGAAAGAAAGAGAAUUUGUACAACGUUCCUGAUGAAGCUGUGGACGAGUUUUCUCCAGUGAUGUCCAAGGCAUAAGUGGAAAUAAAACAACUAAAAUCAGAUUGUUUGCUGUCAUGUGAUCAGUGCAAUGAUCUGAUUAUAAGUAGAUUCGUCCGUGAGCGGUCGUAGAUCAUUGAAUCCAACAUUAGAGAGAGAAAGAUUCAACAUCAUAUCACGUGACCACCAGAGAGAGAAUAAAAAUUAUCGAAUUUCAACCAAUUUGUUAAGUGGUGAUAAAUCACGUGAUCUGAAAGGAAAAGUGUCGAUUGGUAAAAUAUGUUACACCAAUCGAAACAGCGGUCGAUUGGUAAACAUCGUGCGUCUCAACUUUCUGUUUUAGUUGAUUCCUUUCUUUCUAUGCGAUAUCUACUUAUAGUUAAAUCAUUGGUUAACAGAUAUAUUAUUCCCCAGUUUGUUCAGAUUAUUUAUUCGCCUGUAAAAACCCAAUGUUCGUCAACAUUGGAAUGCGCUCAAAUCUAAUGAUAAAUGAAACUGAUUAAGAAAGAAAUACUAAUUAAAUUAUUAUCGAGAUAUUAUUAUAAAUUAUUGAUAUUCUGAUUUUCCCAUGAGCAGAAACUUCCACUUCCUCUAUUUAUCUUAUAUAUUUCGCAAUUAUAUUUUCUCUGAUGUGUAAGAGGCCAUACUAUAAUUAUCCUAAUUAUGAAAUAAAGUAUUUUCUAUUUAU